CAGACAAAUUGACUGUACUGCUACCUGCUCAGCACGAAAUGACUGACGGGCUAAAAGUAAACAAGUUAAGCAUCUAGCAUUAACGACUGAUUUUAGAAUGAAUUAUGGUCCCAGUCUAUUUAGUGUGUUCGUCAUUCCAGUGAUCCGGCACAACACCAGGACCCUGGCCCGCCUAAAUGCAACAGGGCCAUAAUUAAUGUUAUUAAUUACACCUGUGUGCUGCUCUGAAAGUCACAUAAUUAGUUAAAUGGAGAUCACCUGUGUGUAGUCAAGUGGAUCAUAGUAUUAAUACACCCGGGUCUUUUAACGAGUCAGUAUCGUGACAAAACAUUCACCUCCAAGCAACGCAACAAAAAGUUGAUUAAAAAGCACAAGUUGGGAUAGAUACAAGAACUUUUCUAAGUCCCUGAAUAUCUAUAAAUAAGCAGUAUUUGCUGCCAAAUAUCUAUUAAAUACUGACUUGGAGGCAGUAAAAACAUAUGCAAACAAGUGUGUGAAUACUUUUUAAAAAGCUACUGUAUGUGUGAACUAAGUGUAAAAGGGGCUCUGAAGUCAAAGUGACAAAGACGGGUUAUUUUCGUAUGUGACUUGAUUUGCCCUAUUAGGUGUCAUGUCAUACCUGCACUGUGUUAUCAGACAACUGAUUUAUUCUCAGUUGCUUUGGCACAACACUCGAAUGAAAAUUACUUUUAUAAAUGUUUGAAAUUAUCAAAUCCAAAGUUAAUUUUGUCAUAACAGUGUGCAUUUCUUGCUUUCACAUAGAAUGCAAAUGUUAAGUAAUCUUCAACUGACGCGGUGAUGCAUUGAGUUAGUCUUACACUGAUGUUGUAAUGGUUUGCACUUUUUUCAAGAGGUGGACUCACCUGGUUUACAGGGUGCAGAGUUUUGACACCAGAAAGCUGUUUUCACAUUGAUCUACUGAAGAUGGGAAGUUUCUCUGUGCUCACCACUAACACCAGCUGAAGACGUGAACAUGACUGAUAUCACAGCCAGUCUGGACGUCAAUCGUUGGGUUGAAGCUGCACAACUGUGAAGUGGAAACUUGAAGCUACAUCACAUACUGUGAAAUUGACUUUUCAGUAGGACACAUCAUCAUCUUUUUAGCAGUUAAACUUGUGAAAUGAACAAAAAUAUUUUCUAGCUCAUUUUGGUGUCAGGGAUGUUAAGUCAAUUUUAUAUUUAGAGCCCAAUAUCACAAAUUUGCCUCAGGGGGCUUUAAAAUAUGUAUAGCACACAAAACCCUCUGUCCUUGGACCCUCGCAGCGGAUAAGGAAAAACUUAACGGGGACAAAAUAAAUGGAUAGAUGCGGUUGACUCGUUUAUUCACUCUUGACACACUAAGUGCAUUAGCAACACUCACGGAGGCCAUUCCUCUUACUUGAUUAUUUUUACUUUUGAUACUUAAAGUACAUUUUGCACUUCAGCUGAUAAUACUUGCAUAUUGUAUCAUGAGUAACAUUUAAUGCAGUCGUCAGUAAUGUUCUUUUUUACUCGGUGGUCAAGGAUCUGAAUAACAUCACCGGUGAUGAUUGCGUGUCAUAUUUUGAGAAUUGUAACAGUUUUAAAAAAUGUGCUAGGAAAAAUGGUACUGAUAAUCGCUACCAGUGGUGGAAGAAGUAUGCAGGCCCGUUACUUGAUUAAAAUAGCAUUACCAAAAAUAUUCCAUCACAAGUAAAAGUCCAGCAUUCCAAAUUGAACUUGAGCAAAAUGUACUUCAAGUAUUGAAAGUAAAAGUGAAAGUUCAUGUAGAAGUGCUCCUUUUAAAGUGUUGCUUUAUUGAAGUAUUUAUAUCGAUGCAUUGACAUGUAAACACUGUGUAAAUGUCUUGUACUUUUUAAUUGCUGAAUUGUUUAAAUUAUAACAGUAUAUCACACUGCAAUAGUGGAUCAGAUGUUUAAAUGAAAAAUGAUAAUCUGCACAGCAACUAGUUUAGCUUGAAGAUAAAUGUAGUGGAGAAAAAAGCAUAACAUGUCCUACUAAAAUGUGGAGUAAAAAUAUCAAGUAGCAAACAAUGUAUACAUUCAAGUACAACUACCUCAAAGUUGUACCUUCGUAUAGUACUUGAGUAAAUGUAGUGGGUUACUUUCCACCACUGUAUUAGAGAGGAGAACAUGGAGCGCCACUGUCCCCUACAGACUGAAAUCGGCUGCUGCCGACAGAGCACGGAACCGGUUUCCGGACAAUCCCGAACACCUACGAAGACAAACCUCCCCUCUCCUUCACUCCCUCCUCCCCUUCACGCCUAAUGUUGCUGUACCUCCAACCCUCCCCCCGUAUCAGAGGAGUAGAAACAACAAGCCGCCAUUUUGUUUGUGCGGACAGACCGUCAGAAACAGGAGGAGAUAACCGAGAGAAGGAGCGACUCCGGCAACCACUCCGUGAACCACCGGAGAAAGAACGAGUGGCGGAAUCCUGUCCGUGUUACCGAGAGAGAGAAAGCAUCGCCUACGAGAUAAGACGGCAGUGGAGGGAAAACCGAGUCGGUGAUAAAUAAAUAUAUAUAUAAAUAUAUAUAUACACACAUAUAUAUAUAUAUAUAUUUAUAUAUGAAUGCAUGAGAAGGAAAUACUCCGAAAAAUCCAAGGAAGGGGGUGUUUUUGCGGAGCGGAGACGGAGGAGAGGCGGAAGAGGGCUCUGUGUGCUCGUAACGACGAGAAACCUGCGAAAAAGGGGGAAAACAUCAACAUGAAAAAUCACUAUGUGUCCGUCGCGGAGGAAGGAAAGAAUCCGCAUAGACAAUUAUAUAAAUAAAUUGCUGCCGGGCAGAAGGGAGAGGUGGAAAGAAAGACGGGUUUAAAGAGAAGAAGGGGGAAAUUGCCAGGAUCAACACGAAGGGGGGCAUUCUCCAUCACAAAGAGUCAAUGAGAGGAUUUUGUCAGCCCAAAUUAUUUUAAAAGGGGGGGGGGGGGGGGGUCAAUAUUAGUGUGCCGAUCAGAAGCUUUCCGCUUCCGAAAUAGCCAUCAUUUCUCAGCGACCCACCGUCAUAUUUUUUUUUUUUUUAAAUCGCAUUUUCUUCUGUCGCCCUGUGGCUGUGCUCCGGUUUUUGCUUAACGUCUCUUUUUUUCGUCUUCCCCGGCAUGGCCAAGACAUCACAUAAGCAGUGAGUAACGAGUCUUUUUUUAUUUUUUUAAUAUGCAUCAUUCUUUUCAUCAUCUGAGAUUUCAAGAAACCCGUGGGAGGACCCUCUCGUGGAGCAGAACAUAAGUAACCCCACAGAUCGUCCUCUGCAAAAUAAAACUAAUUGCAUCAAUCUUGACUGCCCCGCUGAUUGGCAAUUAGCGCUGUUAUUGCCCUCAAGAAGUAUACCGUCAGAUAAAGCCUGCAUCCGAAUCGAUUGCACAAGAGCAGCGAUUUUUGACGAGACUUUUUUUUUUUUUCUUCUUCUAUUUUCAACCUUUUCCGAUCCUGCCGACCGCGAGAGGCGUGCUCGCGCGAAAAGGGGGCUGCAACAACCAAAUGUGCAAAAAUACGAGUCUGUUCUUUCUGACCCAGUGCCUUGCAUGGUCACACACUAAGUGCAAAUUAUAGUCAGCAUGCAAAGAAAAGUCAUGCAUGGAUCCACACAUCCGCAAUAUAUGUUCAUUGUAUCUGAGUAACUGCAAAGUGUGGGACUCGAUCCGGUGUUUUCAUCUUUCUGCAGAGAUGUUAAACUAUUUAUCCACUGACUGUUAAGCCAAUGCAAGUUGUUUUUUCCCCCCUCUAUGUAUUGCACUCGAGAGUACCACUCACGCUUUAAUUGUACCGAGGACUCCUGCUGGUGGUCUCCACUCACCGGGUGACCGCCUCCUCGGUCUGGAUAACGUGAAGGAGUCGUUGACAUCAGUGAGAUGUCUGGUCAGGUGAGAGGAACGAAUCUCUCGUAACUGUUGCAUGAGAGAAGUGAACACGGGGACACUCCUGGUUUGUGUUUCUGGACCAGAUUUAUCAUUUUCCCCGUUGAUCCCUGACCGAGAGACUCUCCGCUGGAAUCGGUUCAGACGUGAAAUACGGGGAUUUUCUCCGCCGACUAUGGCGGACAGGUCCGAGUGCAGCACGGAGGACGGAUCUCGGGACAGUUUUUGUGUCGCAGAAGAAGAGGCUGCAUGAGGUUGUCAAGAGGGCCGCACGCUUUGCCCUUUUCGCCGACUCCACCUUCCCACCUCCUCCUGUUCAAAUCUGUGAAGAAACUAAGUCUCCGACAGGGGAGGGGGUCUGAUAUCUAGAGACUAACCCGAGAGAGACUCUGAGGGACAGAGCUCUACAUCUCUUCUCCCCUACCGUCCCCCGAGCGGUGGGGGAACGACCACGAGCGUGUCUUAAAGGGAGAAGGAGACGAUAAAGGAAAUACGUUUUCCCUCCGUGGAAUCUACAUCAAUUUUUUUUUUUUUAAUUCGUCAAAAAUAUGGCCGAUAAUGUCCUGGACUCCGGCCCGCCUUCAGCCAAGAGGCCCAAGCUGUCCUCUCCGGCUCUCUCGGUGUCUGCCAGUGAUGGAAACGAUUUUGGUUCGCUCUUUGACCUGGAGCAUGACCUCCCAGAUGAGCUCAUCAGUUCCUCGGACCUGGGUCUGACCAACGGAGGGGAUGUCAGCCAACUCCACACCAGUCUGGGUGGACUCGGGGGAGGGCUUGGUUUGGGAGGCCAGGAUGCAGCCACGAAACACAAACAGCUGUCUGAGCUCUUGCGCACAGGAGCUCCAGCACAGCAGGGUGGCCCCACUUCCAAUAGCGCAGUGCCCGGGGCUUCCAUGGGGAUGAUGGGGGGUGUCGGCGUCUCCCCUGGUGGACCUCAAGGCAUGCCCCCCCAAGGCCAGCAGCAGCAGCAACCUGGAUUAAUGCAGCAGGUUGGGAUGGUUGGAGGGGUGGCAGCACUCAAUCGGGCAGCUGCCAUGAUGGGUGCCCAGAAGGGCAACACUGGACAGCAACAGCAGGGCCUGAUGGGGGGCCAGGUGAUGAAUGGCUCGCCGAGAAUGGGUUACCCUGGCAGUGCGGGCAUGGGUAACAGCAGCAAUCUGUUGGCGGAAACCCUGCAGCAGGGCAGUCAGCAAAUGGGACACGGGGGUCAGGCAGGGAUGAGACCACAACAACCCGGAGCACUGAACAAGAUGAAUAUGAUGGCCAACGCGGGCCCCUAUGGUGGUCCGUACGGCCAGUCUGGCCAGGGGCUCCCUGGAGCAGGGCUGGGCCCACAGCUCCAGAACAAGGCGGGCCUGCCCAAUAACAUGGCCGCCCAGUUCAGCAUGGACAAGAAGGCCCCACCGGGUCAAGGCAUGCCUGGGAUGGCCUCUCAGCAGCAGCAGCAGCAGCCUGGAGCAGUAGGCGGCGUAUCCGUCGGUGGAGCGGCGGCAGUGGGAGGUGCCCAGGUUGGGCUCGGUGCCGUCGGGGCUGGUCCCGGCUCAGCGCCCCCUACGGCGGACCCCGAGAAGCGGAAGCUGAUUCAGCAGCAGUUGGUCCUUUUGCUCCACGCACACAAGUGCCAGCGGAGGGAGCAGGCCAAUGGCGAAGUGCGGCAGUGCAACCUGCCUCACUGCCGCACCAUGAAGAACGUGCUCAACCACAUGACUCACUGCCAGGCUGGCAAGUCCUGCCAGGUGGCACACUGUGCCUCAUCCAGACAGAUCAUCUCUCAUUGGAAGAAUUGCACACGACAUGACUGUCCUGUAUGCCUGCCACUGAAAAACGCUGGAGACAAGCGGAAUCAGCAGUCUCUUGUUAACAGUGCAGGAGUCGGCUUGGUGAACUCUUUAGGCUCGGGGGUUCCUGGUGGACAGUCCAACGCUCCAAACCUGAACCCUCCCAACCAGAUUGACCCCAGCUCCAUAGAGAGGGCCUACGCCGCACUGGGCCUCACUUACCAGGGCAACCAGAUACCACAGCAGACGUCACAGGCCAACAUGUCCAACCAGGGGCUGCAGGGUCAGCCUGGGAUGAGGAGCCUCAACACCAUGGGUGGGAACUCUAUGGGAGUGAAUGGUGGAGUCGGGGUGCAGUCGCCCAACCAGCAGUCCGGUCUGCUGCCAAACUCCCUGUUGCACGGCAGCAUGAACGCACAGAGUUUGAUGAAUGAUGGUCUCGGGAACCUGGGCUCCAUGCCCACGGCAACUCCUCCUUCUGCUGCAGGCAUGAGGAAGUCUUGGCAUGAAGACAUCACGCAGGACCUCCGCAACCACCUUGUCCACAAGCUUGUGCAGGCAAUCUUCCCCACUCCUGAUCCAGCGGCCCUGAAGGACCGGCGGAUGGAGAAUCUGGUGGCCUACGCUCGAAAAGUAGAGGGAGACAUGUACGAGUCGGCCAACAGUAGGGCGGAAUACUACCAUCUGCUGGCAGAGAAGAUCUACAAGAUCCAAAAGGAGCUGGAGGAAAAGAGAAGGACACGACUCCAGAAGCAGGGCAUGAUGCCCGGCCAACCUGGCAUAGCCUCUCCAGGCCUCCCGCAGGUGCCCCCCAGCAUGGGACAGCUACCCAGCAUGGGACAGCUACCCAGCAUGGGACAGCUACCCAGCAUGGGACAGCUACCCAGCAUGGGACAGCUCCCUAGCAUGGGACAGCUUCCCAGCAUGGGACAGCCGCCCAUGGGCCCCGGUCAACCCCCAAAUGGUCCUCACGCCGAUCCGUCCAUGGUCCGACCAACUGGACCCAAUCAGAUGGUCAACAGGAUGCAGAACCCAGCAGGAAUGAACCAGUUUAGUCAGAUGGGGAUGCAGUCGAUGGGUCAGAGGUCUCCUCUUCCUCAUAAUGCUCCAAUGAAUCAGAUGGGUAUGGGAGCAGCGAGGAUGGGUCAGCCCAACGCCACACAGUUACAGAACCAGUACCUCCCUCCGGGCCAGUUUCCUGGGUCCAGUCCUGGACUUGGCUCCGGUCCUGUUGGCAUGAACCAGCCAGGAGCACAGAGUGCUGUUCCACCGAACCAGAUGUCGACGCCGCCCUCGCUCCCAGCCAGCAGCCCUGCAGCACAGUCUGCCUCUUCUGCUCCAGGCUCCGCUACCUCUGUCGGCCCCAUGGGGUCUGGUAGUGCCAGUGGUGCUGGGCCUCUACCCAACCUGCCUCCAUCCUCGACCCCCACCCAGUCCAACUCUUACCCUCACUGCCCACCCAUCCGAACAAACUCCCCUUCACCGGCACGCAGCCUAACGCCUCAACCGCAUCAAACACCCCCAACGUUACCUCGAUCUCAGACCCCACAGCCACAGACUCCCAACACGCAGCAGCAGCAGCAACAGCCUUCACACCAGCAGAAGCCGUCGGGGCAGGCGGUGAACUCUGAGAAGGCCAUUCAGCUUCCACAGCAGACGCUUGGCGGCCCCCAGGGAGGUCAAGCUUCUUCGGUGCCUACCCAGAAUGCUCAUGUGCCAUUGCAAUGUCCGCAGACCCCACUAUCUCCGAAGCUCUCUCUGACAGCAGAUGGUCAGGUGUCCUCUCCAGGCUCGGUCACCAGCAGCAGCGCCAAUCCCAGCUCCCAGCGCACUCUGCAGGACGGCCCUGCUCCCAGCCAGGAAGAUGUCAAAAUGGAGGUGAAGAAGCAGGAAGAGGAGGACGAAGGGGCUGACACCGAAGGAGAGGGCAAGGGCAAGAUGGGCAAGGGUCAGCAUGACGUGAAGACGGAGGAGAAACCAGAGAUCAAGAAAGAGAAGCCGUCAGGAGAUGGCUGUAAAGGUGAGCCCAUGGACACGUCUUCAUUCUCGGCGUCGUCAUCCGUAGCAACGGGCGAAGACAAGAAGCCGGAGGUGAAGAAAGAGCCCAAAGAGGAAGAGGACUCGUCAUCAGCCAACAGCAGCUCCCCAGCCAGUGCUCAGAGCAAGAAGAAAAUCUUCAAGCCGGAGGAGCUGCGUCAGGCUCUGAUGCCCACCCUGGAAGCUUUGUACCGGCAGGACCCCGAGUCCCUUCCCUUCCGUCAGCCGGUGGACCCCCAGUUACUGGGAAUACCCGACUACUUUGACAUCGUGAAGAACCCCAUGGACCUGUCGACCAUCAAGCGGAAGCUGGACACGGGACAGUACCAAGAGCCCUGGCAGUACGUGGAGGACAUCUGGCUGAUGUUCAACAACGCCUGGCUGUACAACCGCAAGACCUCCCGCGUCUACAAGUACUGCUCCAAGCUGGCAGAGGUGUUCGAGUCGGAGAUCGAUCCCGUCAUGCAGGGCCUGGGAUACUGUUGUGGGAGGAAGGUGAGGCAGGAGCAUGGUUUUGUGUGCUGUGCUGAUGACGAACGGUGUAGUUCACCAAAAUAUGGGCUUCUUGCUGACAGGUACCACUUCUGUGAAAAGUGUUUCAACGAAAUCCAGAACGAGAGCGUUUCCUUGGGGGACGACCCCUCCCAGCCUCAGACGUCCAUCAACAAAGAACAGUUUCAACGGAAGAAGAACGACACGCUCGACCCUGAACUGCUCGUGGAAUGUAUUGACUGCAGUCGUAAAAUGCACCAGAUCUGCGUCCUGCAUAACGACACCAUAUGGCCGUUGGGCUUUGUGUGUGACAACUGCCUCAAAAAGGCCAACAAGACGCGGAAAGAGAACAAAUACGCAGCCAAAAGACUUCCUCACACCAAGUUGGGGUGCUAUUUGGAGACACGAGUGAACGACUACAUCAAGAGGCAGAACCUCCCUGAAUCUGGCGACGUCACCAUCCGUGUGGUCCAUGUGUCCGACAAGGUGGUCGAGGUCAAGCCAGGCAUGAAGUCCAGGUUUGUUGACAGUGGAGAGAUGUCCGCGUCCUUCCCCUACAGGAUGAAAGCCCUGUUUGCGUUUGAGGACGUCGACGGAGCGGAUGUGUGUUUUUUCGGCAUGCACGUUCAAGAGUACGGCUCGGACUGCCCGCCGCCCAAUCAGAGACGAGUGUACAUCUCUUACCUGGACAGCGUGCACUUCUUCCAACCUCGACUCAUCAGAACUGGCGUCUACCACGAGAUCCUGAUAGGCUACCUGGAGUAUGUCAGGAGGCAGGGGUAUACAACGGGUCAUAUCUGGGCCUGUCCUCCCAGUGAAGGGGAUGAUUACAUCUUCCACUGUCACCCAGCGGACCAGAAGAUCCCCAAGCCGAAACGGCUGCAGGAAUGGUACAGGAAGAUGCUGGACAAGGCUGUUUCUGAGCGCAUCGUCCACGAUUACAAGGACGUCUUCAAGCAGGCCACAGAGGACCGGCUGACCAGUGCCAAGGAGCUGCCGUACUUUGAGGGCGACUUCUGGCCCAACGUGCUGGAGGAGAGCAUCAAGGAGCUGGAGCAGGAGGAGGAGGAGAGGAAGAGGGAGGAGAACAGUACCUCCAACGAGUGCACAGAUGUCACAAAAGGAGACAGCAAGAAUGCCAAAAAGAAGAACAAUAAAAAGACGAGUAAGAACAAGAGCAGCAUGAGCCGAGCCAAUAAGAAGAAACCAGGGAUGCCCAAUGUUUCCAAUGACCUUUCCCAGAAACUCUACGCCACCAUGGAGAAACAUAAGGAGGUCUUCUUUGUCAUCCGACUCAUCGCUGGCCCCACCGCCAACUCGCUGCCCCCCAUCACUGACCCUGACCCGCUCAUGGCCUGUGACCUGAUGGACGGCCGCGAUGCCUUCCUCACUCUUGCCAGGGACAAGCACCUGGAGUUCAGCUCUCUCAGGAGGUCCAGGUGGAGCUCCAUGUGUAUGCUGGUGGAGCUGCACAACCAGAGCCAGGACCGCUUCGUCUACACCUGCAAUGAGUGUAAACACCACGUGGAGACGCGCUACCACUGCACUGUGUGCGAGGACUAUGACUUGUGCAUCACUUGCUACAACAUAAAGGGUCACGAGCACAAGAUGGAUAAGCUGGGGCUUGGACUGGACGACGACAGCAACAACCAGGCGGCGGCAGCCACCCAGAGCCCCGGAGAUUCUCGCCGCCUCAGCAUCCAGCGCUGCAUCCAGUCGCUGGUCCACGCAUGCCAGUGUCGCAACGCCAACUGCUCUCUGCCGUCCUGCCAGAAGAUGAAGCGCGUUGUUCAGCACACGAAGGGCUGCAAGCGCAAGACGAACGGCGGCUGUCCCAUCUGCAAGCAGCUCAUUGCUCUGUGCUGCUACCAUGCCAAACACUGUCAGGAGAACAAAUGUCCUGUCCCGUUCUGCCUGAACAUCAAGCAAAAGCUCCGGCAGCAGCAGCUGCAGCACCGGCUCCAGCAGGCCCAGAUGUUGAGGAGGAGGAUGGCCAGCAUGCAGAGGGUGGGGCAGCAAGCUGUAGGGCCUCCGGGAGGACCUGUGGUCGGACUUCCAUCGCCAGGGAACAAUGUUUCCACGGCACCCAGUACCCCAACUUCCGGUGGAACACAACCCCCAACACCCCAGACCCCGACUCAGACCAUGCCUCCGGGCACACAGCAAGGAAUGGGCCCUGGACCUGGAGUUCAGCAGCAGCAACAGCAGCUCGGUGGAAUGCCCCCACAAAGUGGCAUGCCUCCUCAACAUCCUCAACAUCCUCAACACCCUCAACACCCUCUUCACCACCAGUUCCAGCAGAUGGCGGGUGGAGGAGGCGGGGCUGGGGGGAUAAUGAGCUCUCCGCAACAUCAGCAGCAGAUGCUUUCUCAGAUCCAGCAGCAAGGUGGAGCAGGGACCAAGCCUCAACAGCUCCAACAGCACCCCAACAAUUUGCCCCCAUAUGGCAGCAGACCCCCGGGCUCCUCCCCAUUACAUCAAUCCCAGGGCAAACCGGUCCUUGGCUCCGCAACGCCUCCCCAGCAGCAGCUCGGUGGCGCCGUCAUGGCUGGAAGUGUUGGGGGCCAACAACCUCCGGGCCAGCCUUCCCUUCAACAGCAGCAACAGCAUCCCCCUUCUGGCCCUCCACCGGCAGCAGUAGAAAUUGCCAUGAAGAUCCAACAGGUAGCCGAUGCUCAGAGGAAGAUGGCUCUGCAGAGACAAGCAGCUGCAGGCAUGAUGCCUAUUCACCCCCACCAUCAACAGGGUCAGGGUCAACAGAUGGGCAUGGGACACCCAGGGGCAGUAGGGAUGGUUGGAACCCAGGGUAUGCCACCACAGACCCAAGCGGCAGUGGCAGCUGCUCGGGCCCACAUGGAUCCGCAACAAAAUGCUCCACCAGGGAUGAUGGUUGGCGCUGGUGGUCCCAUACAGCAACCCCCUCAGCAGGGUAACCUGCCCCAGGGCCAGCUGCCCACUCAGGUACAGCUUCAACAGCAGCGGAUAGGUGCUCCGCAUCAAAACCCUCAACAACAACAACAACAACAACAACAACAACAGCAGUGGGCAGGCCAGGGGAUGCCACCUCAGCAGAGGCAAGCUAUGAUGAACCAAAUGAGCCAUCCAGCCAUGGUGGCAGCGCAACAACAACAACAACAACAACAACAGCAGCAGCAAAUGCAACAGCAGCAGCAGCAACACCAACAAGCUCAGGGCCACGCUGCCUUGAUGAAUAUGGCACAGCAGCAGCAAGGUACUGGUGGAGGGAUCCCAGGGGGAGCUGUCGCUGGAGCUGCUGGUGUCCCAGGAGCUGUUAUUGCUGGUGGGAACAUUCCCCAGGCCGCCCUUCAGGAGCUGUUAAGAACUCUCCGCUCGCCCAGCUCACCACUCCAGCAACAGCAAGUCCUCAACAUCUUGCGGUCCAACCCACAGCUCAUGGCUGCUUUUAUCAAGCAGAGGGCCUCAAAAUACAAGGGAGUUCAGGGGGGCCCAGGUGGACCAGGGGGUAUCCCUGGAGGUCCUGGUCCCACAGGGGGUCCUGUUGGUAAUGUCAUGGUCGGAGGGGGCCCACAGGUGAACAUGAACGCUGCAGGUGGCGGCCAGCCGGGUAUGCACAUGGGGGCUCAGGGAGGAACGAAUGUUAACAUGGCAACUAUGGCCCAGCUACAGCAAGUUCAGCAGCAACAGCAGCUACAGCAGCAGCAGCAGCAACAGCAACAACAACAACAACAACAGUUACAACAGCAGCAGCUACAACAACAACAGCAGCAGCAGAGGCCGAUGCUCACCGGUUUGCAACAGCAACAAGUGGCAGCUCUCCAGCAGCAGCAGCAACAGCAGCAGCAGCAGCAGCAGCAACAGCAGCAGCAGCAGCAACAGCAACAGCAGCAGCAACAACAAGGUGGAGGAAGAGGUGUGCAGGCCCAGGGGCCACAGAUGGGGAAUAUCAACAGUCCCCAGUUUAGAGAGCUGCUCAUGAGACGGCAUCUCCAGCAGCAGCAACAGCAGCAGCAACAACAGCAGCAACAUCAACAACAAAUGGGAGUAAAUCAUGGUCAGUUCCAGCAGCCACAGCCACCACAGGGGCAGGGCUACAUGGGACAACCUGGGAUGCAGCCUCCUACAGUGGGACAGGGACCACCGGGAGGGCCGCCUCUUGGCCCUCAGCAGCCUGGUGGUCCCCCAGGCCAGCAGGGGCAAGGUUACCCGGGGUCGGUGGCCCAGCAGCAGGCCGCAGCUGCACUCCAGCAGAGGCUCCAGCACCAGCACCACCUCCAGAUGCAGCAGCAGAAUGCCAUGGCUGGCCUGCCAGGAGGUGAUGCAGGGCCAGGUGGAGGGGGUGUAGGAGGCCCUCAGCAGCCACCUCAGGGCCCUCAGCCCACGCAAAGUGGCCCCCCAUCUUCACAGGCUCUGCUCCAACAGGCCCUCCACCAGAGGCUUCUCCAGCAGCAGCAGCAGCAGCAGCAGCAGCAGCAACAUCAGCAUCAACAUCAGCAUCUGGGCCCUGGGGGGUCACCAGCCCAGCACAGCAAUCCCAUGAGUCCGCAGCAGCCGCAGCAGAUGGCCCAGUCCCCACACCUGCAGGGCCAGGCGAUGUCGUCAUCGCUAGCUAACCAGGUGCGAUCCCCACAGCCUUCACCCAGACCCCAGUCCCAGCCGCCACACUCCAGCCCGUCCCCGCGCAUGCAGCCCCAGCCCUCCCCACAUCACAUCUCCCCCCAGAUGCAGACGGGUUCCCCACACCCAGGCCACCUGAACCAGCACCAUCCGGGCAUGGUGGUCCCUCAACAACAACAGCAACAGCAGCAGCCAACGACCCAGCAGCAACAGAACUCUAUGGAGCAGUUUGGGUCGGACCCGAGCGCCAUGCUAUCCCAGCUGAGUGGCAUGGCUGGUCUACACGGGCCGGGGGGCAGCGGUCAGGACCCUCUGGGCCAGAAUAUGAAUCACAAUACUUUAGACAUCAUGUAGGAAUUCUACUUUACGUGUCAAGUUGAGCUGAAA